UUAAGUGAAUGUACUUCUUUGUUUCUGUGAACCUGAACCAUCAGUUACUUAUUGCCACAAAAUUUCUACAGACCCGCAAUGGAACAAAGGAACAGCCUGGUCCCUCUGCUUUAAUAAUGGUAGCAUUGAAGCAAUGGCGUAGUAGCAUCAAAGGAGAGAAUAUGGGAAAGUUCAUCAUUCCUUCUGAAAGGAAGCAAAAACAUAGAGAUGAUCCAUAUGCAAUUUCCAUUCAAAGUUCUGAAAUGAUUGCUACAAAUGCUAGACACUCAGCAAACUGUAGACACUCUGAUUUGGAAGCAGCAUUCCAAAACUUCAAAGACUCUACAUUUUUCAGUAGAACUUUCACAGACUUUCCCAAAUCUCCUGACUGUUUUAAUCUUUUGCAUCCCAUUUUCCAGCGACAUGCUCAUGAACAAGAUACAAAACUUCAUGAUAUCUAUAAAGGUAUCAUUACUCCCCAACUGAAUAAAUGUGCACUUAAAACUUCAGCUGCUUCAGAUGUUUGGGCGGUGCAUUUUUCCCAAUUUUGGAUAGACUACGAAGGAAUGAAGAGUGGGAAAGGACGGCCAAUAAGCUUUGUGGAUUCAUUCCCUCUUACACUCUGGAUUUGUCAACCCAUGAGAUGCGAACAGUCACACAAAGAGCCUUUUUGUAAUGAUGAAUCUCUCAAUUUUCUCAAAAGUGAUUCUUGUGACCUCGCUAAUAGGCUGCAGCAUAAAAAACGUCUGAAAGAGUAUUAUAGCACUGGGAUGGAAGCCUUCACCAAUGGUACUGAAAAUUUGUCCUCCACUAAAAGCACUUCAGGAUCUCAGUCUGCAUAUUUUGCAGAUAUUCAUGUUUUACUUCAUAUUCAAAAACAUGUAAGCAUGCAGAUCAAUCAUUACCAGUAUCUUUUCUUACUGUACCUCCAGGAAUCUCUUGUGUUACUCCUGGACAACUUGAGGAAGGAUGUAGAGACUGUGACAGGGAAUCCAGCAAAAGAGGCAAAUGUCUGUAUUGGGAUCUUAUUGAAAAGUGCUGACAUAGCUUUGUUGCUUCAACCACUACUGCAAGGAAGCAUCUGCAAGCCUCCCAUUUUAGAACAAGGAGGUCCAAUGACAUCAGAUCUCUCACCCAUGGAAAACAGAGAAGAUUAUGAAUCUGAAAGCAAGCUAGUUUCUACUUCUGUUACACAGAUGAGCAAUUCAGAUAUUAAUGUUGUAACCAACUGUGGAUCUUCAAAUGCUGAUCUUAACAAAGCCAUUCUGGUGAAUCCGAUUUUAAAAUCAAAUAGUGAUGUGGAUUUACCAAGCAAAAGUUCAUUUUUGGAUGAUGCAUCAGAAAAACUUUGGAGGAAAAUGAAUGAAGAAAAUAACAGUGGGCUUUUCAGUCGUAGUGAUUCAGAAGAAAUUUGUGAGUCAUUAAGUGACAAUUCCUAUACUAAGGAAUUGGUUAAUAUGUCAAAUUGCAGAGAAGACUCUAUCAAAAUGCUGAUGGACAAGGAAGAAGAGAAAAGUGGUUUCUCAAAUAACAAAAGUAAAGCAGAAUGCUCAGCUGUUAAAAUUAUAGAAAUUGAAACUGAUUCUGUGGGGCAGUCUGAGAAGUUUGAAAAUGACAAAGAAAAAUUGAGCACAGCAAAAAUGCUUACAUUUCAGUCUCCAUUAAGUGGAAAGCCUAAGGAAUCGUGCCAGUCCAAUCUCCCUGCAUUCUCUGUUUCUUAUAAGAACAUGAAGAAAAGUCCAUCACAAGCCUCUUUGGAUACCAUUUCUACUGACAGCAUCUUGUUCGAAGAACACUAUUUGGAAAGUGAUGGAAGUGACAGCCAAAGCUUUUUGGAGAAAGCUAUCUUGUCCAAUAAACUGGUGGAAAAUAUGCCUGAUGAAGGCACAGUGAAUGAGAACUAUGGUGAAUCAUCUCCAGAUGUCCUCAGUGCAAUUUCAGAGUGUACUCAGGAUGCUAGUGAAGAAAUGAUGUCGGUGGUAGUUUUUAAAAUAUUUGGUAUUAAUGGUGAAAUUGACAUCAGAGGUGAAGACACAGAAGUAUGCCUUCAGAUAAAUCAAGUUUUAGCAAAUCAGCUGGGCAAUAUCAGUGUUCGACAUUAUCUUUGCAAUCGAACAGCAGGUUCAGAUCCUAAAUGUGCAGCUGGGCCAAUUAAACCAACUCCUGAAAUAAGGCUGAGAUGGGAAAGUGGACCCAGCGCUGUAAUACAUUCAUUGCAAUCUGAAAAAAAUGGGUUUCUACAAUGUCAUGUAGAAGAUUUUACUGCUGAUUUCCUAACCUCCUCACUUAUGAACAUUCAGCGUUUCUUGGAAGAUGAAAUGCUUGCAGAAGUGAUGCCUAUGAAUGUAAAAAUUUCUAAUACAAAAAUCAACAUAAAAGAUGAUAGUCCUCGUGACAGUUUGUCUGCUCCUGAAUCAGUCCCAAUAACUUUGCAUAUUGAUCUGCUUAUGAUAGAGAGGAAAGAGGAUGGCUCAUUUUACAUUACAGACAACCGAACAGUUAGUAGUGAUGCACCAAAGACUAAGACACACAGUAGUAUAGGCGAUCAGGAUGCUGAAGUUGGCACACACAAGAAUUUUCGGUCCCAGUCCACACAAACAUCUCCAGAAAUCAACAGAUCCCAAGGAUUUAUGACUUUACCCAUAGUAAUCAAAGAACAGCUUAUUGAAGAAAAUGAAUGUCUAAAACAGGAAUUAGCCAAAGCCAAGAUGGCCCUUGCUGAAGCUCACUUGGAAAAAGAUACCCUGCUUCACCAUAUUAAAAAAAUGAAUAAUGAAAAAUGUUAGCAGACGCUAUACGUUAAUGCGGAACAAGAAAGGACCCAUUUUAUAAUAGUUUUUGUUUAUGGAACUGAACUCAGAGCAACAUUUCUGUAGAAAAUGCACUUAUAAGAAGGCGUAGGAAGAAUUAGAUUUUUUGUUCCUUUUUAAACUCUAAGUUGCAGUGAUGUGAGGAAGAACAAUUUCUAUUAUACACCAUUGACUUGCUAAAUAAGUGGUGGCAUGAAUAAAAUAUCCCUUUGUCAUUGAUAGGAUAUCUUCAUCUUCAUUUGUGAAGAUAAAAAGUCUUUGUUACAACAGAAAUACUGUUCAAGGGACAUUAAGUUUGCACUAUACAUAAAAUGGCAUUGUGAAAACUUGUGAUACCUGCUUAGAGAGGAGUACCCCCAAGUCUCAAAAUGUAUAACUACAGUGUGGGAAAGGAUGAUCAGAACAUAAAUGGCCAUAGUAUGGUGGGCAAAAUUGGAAAUUGCACAGUCAAUUGGACAACGAUUUGUCAUUAGCUUGCAGAACAAUAAGGUCAUUAGAUCAGGGCUCUUUUUGAGGAUCAUUAGUCAUUUCUUUGCUUUGACAAUGAAACUCAGCCACUCUCAGCAACAUUUAAAUUUUUAACAGUUUAAUGUUCUUUUGUAAAAGUAACAUCGCUGUAUAUUAAUGUGCUUGAAAACAGUUAUAUAAUUAUUUGAACUUGUAACACUUUAACAAAAUGUAAAGCUGCAUUUUAUAUCAUAGAUUACGUGUAAAAAUUAAAUUUCAAACUUUCAAUUUAAAAAUUGCUGUAAAUAAGUAAAGUACACAAACCUGUGCAGAAUAUUCUUAAAUUUUUAAAAUAAUAACUAAACCCCCUGAUAGAAGAAUUAUCAGGAUGAUAAUAGUAUAUAGGUUAUUCAGUGAUCUUUCUUGAUCAUUAUUUGAAGUCAUUUUGAGGAGCAUGCAUUUGCUAUGCUUGAACUAUAAAAUAAUUCAGGGAAUGAUUAAUUUCUUUUUUAAAGUAAAAGUAAGAGACCAAAUAAACUAAAAUCUGGUGACAGAAUUAACUGAAUUGGAAAUAAGAAAAUUGAUUUGAAUCAAAAUGAUUUUAAUUAAAGUUUAUGUGAUGUAAUUCAUAUUUCCUGCAUUAAAAAUAAUUGAAGAUUCUGCAAAGAGAAGAUAAAUCAAGAUGUCUCAGUUGUGUAAAACAAUUAUAUACUGUAUGUCUUUAUUUUAAAACAAUACAGUCUUAAUUUUAUGAGCCAACUCUUCAGAAGGUCAGCUUAUUUCUCCUAUUCCUUUCUAACCAAAUUACCAGUAUACUGUAAUUCCUUUCUUACCAAAUUACCAAAAUAUCUUUAUUUCUGACACGCACUUCCUAAAUAUUAUCCCACCAUUCCUCUAUCUAUAUGCUUUUAUCUGGCAUCCUAAUUCAGUUUAUCAGAAACAAAAGUUAUAUUCUGUAUGUCCAGGUUGAACCUCCAAAAUACCUGACAUAAUAAAUGCUUGUUAAAUUCAAGUGAUUAAAAUCUGAUGCAGUGUAAGCAUACUACUAGUAAGUUAUUUGCCAGGUUAUUUUGUACAGGUUAUUUACAUACAGUCCAUUUUAAAAGACUGUACAUAACUAACUGCCAUUUAACUAGGGAUUAAGAUUCAUUGAGCUCUCUGCAUGUUUAUUUCUAAGUAGGCAUAUGUAGGAUUGCACUGUAAAUCAGAUAUAUUCAGGUAGUUCUGUUAAUGACAGCAAUUUCCAUCACUAAGCAAUAUGGUCAUAAAGUUCAAUGUCAUGUGACCACGCUGCUUAGCAAUGGCAGUUCUAGCACUUCCCGGUUGCCAACAUUAAGUGAAUCCCGCAACGUCACAUGGUCACCACUUGUGACCUGCCAGCUUCUCCAUUGACUUUCCUUGUAGGGAAAGAAAGUCACAAAUGGCAAUCAUGUGACUGUGGGACCUGCAACGUGAUUACAAGCUGGGCGCUGAGCACCCGGAUCACAAUCACAUGACUGCGGGGGCACUAUGAUGGCCGGUCUAAGUACCACUCAUUCAGCACCAUUGUAAGAUGUGUAAGCACUGUAAGAUGGGAAUUGCUUGACCCUCAUGCUGUUGUCCUCUUACUUCAUGCUUGUCAUACUAUGAUUUUAUAGCAGUGACUUGGUCAAAAGAUGUGACUUUGUGCUUGUUUGAAUUCACUGAACAGGUCCAGUGCUACUCUUUUCUAUACUUUUCUCUAUAAGAAAAUGUGAAUUUUUAAAGCAAAGAAUUGGUAUGUUAAAUGAUAGAUUCAGUUUCUUAUUCAGUUUUUAAAAAAUCAGAUAUUGGUGCUGAACAAAAUAAUCCCUUCAAACUCUAAAAUUAAAAAUUGUAUUAACAGAUUCCUAUGAAUGAAUUAAGACCUCUUACUUCACUAUUAUGACUCUCCAUGCUUCUCAGUUGGUUCGGAAGAAGUGGGUUGGAUUUUGCAUGAGCAUACCACCUUUCUGUUAUUUAUUACAACGUGCAUUUUUUCAGGCUUCCAUACAUGCCUGAAAAAAGAGGUGUUGCUGCUGUAAUGAAUCAAAUAAUUAAAGCAAUAUAUAUUUAAUGAGAUUCUUAAAUAUAGCUGCAUCUUCUUUCAGCUUGUGUGAAAACCUAAAAAAAAGAAAGGUAUGCUUUAAUAAAUAGUGCAGGGGUCUGAAGCACAUUCUUCAAAUGAUUUUGAUUUAUACACAUUCCUCUCUCUCAUGUUGAAGCAACUGUAAAAUGUAUUGAGGUUACUUUUCAUGUAUAGCCGUAUACUUGGACCUCCUCCUCCUCUGCCACACUUUAUGUAUUUGAUUUCCAAAAGCAAUUGAACAGAAUGUCAUUGCUUUUACAAAAUGAACUAAAUGUUAAAUUUUGUGAAAGAUAAUAGUUUCAUUCAGUUAAAAAAAUAUCAAAGACCUGUGUGACCUCUCACAAAAUAGUGAAAAUAAGUUAUGCUCCUACUAUUUAUUGGUAAAAGAUACAUUCAUUUGGUAAUUUGAAGAAAAGAAUCUGUAACUGCUACCAUUAUGUUCAGUCUGUACCCAAAAUACAGAAACUCUGGAUCCUUGGAUAGUACGUUGUUUCAGGAAUUGGUACCAAUACAGUCUGUAGGUGUCUAAUUAUUUGGACUCUAUUCUCUGGCUGGUACUACCAGCAUCCCGAUUUAGAUAUCAGCUACUAUAGACUACUUGGAAAAUAUAAAUAGAAGAUCUCUCAGGAAACACAUUUUAGUCAUCGUGGAUGUUGAUGACCUGUACACCAACAUCCUGUACAAGAAUGUAUUGCAAACUAUCAGAAAUUCCAUCUCUGAUGGCACCACAGGACAUCUGCCAAACCUCUGUGAUUUCACAUCCAUAAUUAUUGUAUUUUUAGGGAAAACUUGAAUUUCCACAUCAAUUGAACUGAUGUGGGCACUUAUAGUCUUUAUAGCUAACUUAGAAUGCUCCCUCAGCUCCUCCUCCCAAAAAUCUCUAGCUGAAAUUCAGUGACAAAUGUAUUAUCUGGAUUCACAAACAAAAGUAAAGGUCCAUCAAAACUUAAAUACAGAGGAAUUACACAGUAAGUAUAACCUUAUUUAGGAAGCCAACUGACCGUUAUAUAUAUACUUGCAUUUUUCAGCUUCCAUUCAGAAUACACCAGAAAUUCACUGUUUAUAUCCAAGAAACAUAAUGCAUGGUCAUCUCUUCAGAUCCAUCUGAUAAACAUGUGAAGAGUGUAACUCAAGUGCAUCUCACAUAUCUAGGGAAAUUUUGCAAUAAACAGAUCAACAGGCCUGUUUCUAAAGCAUAUCAAAUUCAAAACACAACACAACAGAAUACCACUUGUUAUAUGUAAGCCCAUUCUGGACAACAUUCCCUUUCAUAGGCCUUAACUUGCCUAUAGAUCACCAUCCAAGUUAAAACACCUAUUAAGCAGCAACAGUGAUACAGAUACAGGAAUCAAAUUCUGUGCAGAUCCAGAUGCCAAUUCUACAGGAAUUGUUCUGGGGUGUCUGUCCAAAACUGCAAUGGAGGCUAUGACUAUAAUCUGCAUAGUAAUCUGGAUGGCUAUUCUUGUAUGCGUAGUUGGUUGUGUAGUGCCAUAUUAUAGGCCAGAAAAAUAUCUCAGCAGUCUUUAGCAUGUAUUGGGCAAUUUUGGCAUCACUUUUUCAGAAAUUUGCUUAGAAUAAGAACAUGAGAAACCAUCUUACACUGAGUCCCUCUUUUCGCAGUAAACCAAUUGUGCUUGGGCUCAAAGCUAAGCAAGGUUAAAGUCAUUAGGAGCCAAGCUUGACUCAAAGGCAUGUUUAAGUUUUUAAGAUAACAUUUGGAUAAUUUAGCUUUCUCAUUGACCUGAGUGAGAAAUAUUAGAAGCUCCUGUCUUUGCUCCUGGUUUUUCAUUAUGAGAAAACAAACUACUGCCCAAUUGCAGCUACACCAAAGCCUAGAUUUCUAAAUUGUUUUUCACUAGGCAGCAAUCACAUUCCACUGAGGAAAAUUUAUGAGCCUCUUCUCUCCAGACAGUACUGAUGCAGAAUUUGACUUUUCCAGGGAAUUUAAAUCUUAUCCAAAUAUGCAUACAAUGGAUAUCUUCAAAUUUGUUGAGUUUAUUACCCCCCAAAUAAACCCUUCAUGGCAGGAAUAGUCUAUACUAUUCUCCAUACCGAGGGAUUAGUAAAUGAACGGGAAACACAAAUUUAUUCAGAAUAUAUUAUAAGGAUACAAAAGUACAUAAAAAUAGUAUAUUAAAUAGAUCAUGUAAAUCAAAGCAUGCAUUACUAAAGCUUGAACGUUCUUUGUUCACUACCUUGGGGGUGAUCAGACAGCUGAUUUACUAAUCUAACAUCUACUUUUAUAUAGUUAAAUGGAUUUUUCUAUCAGCUUAUGCAUUUCUACUUAUUUACUGAUACAUUAGAAAUCUGUCAACGCAUAUGCAGAAUUAUGUUACCCACACAAAGGAAAAUUACAGGAAUAAUGAAUUUUUAUUUUGUAUACCUUUACAAGCAGGUAAAGAGAUAAUUUUGGUUCUUAAAACAUUUCCUGUAUUUUCAGUCUCUUGACUCAAUUAUUCAUGCUUCAAUUUCAAGUGAUUAAAACGGCAAAAUACUGACCGAUUUGCAACAUUAUGCUUAUCAUACUAAUUUGGGGAAUGACCAACAUUUUUCUCUGCCAUUGCGGGUCUUAGAGGAUGGGAAUUUUCUCCCUGCCUUGGGGCAAUCCUAUUUCUGAUCAAAACAUGUAUGUCAGUUAAUGCUAAUACUGUUGAUUCAUUAGCUAAAAACAUUGAAAAUGAGGAACAGACUUUUCUUACCAAAAACAAACAAAACCCCACAGAUUUUACUUUAUGUAAGCCACUUAUCAACUUAAGACCUCACUUAUUUAAAAUGAAAGCUGGGAAACGGGAUUAUGGAUUAUUCUGGGGAAACUGACCUUGAUCUUGACCAUGUCCAUAUUUACACUUAAAAGAUUAGUAUAGGACCUAAUGUCAUCCACAAUACUUGCUUAUCUUCCAAAUAAUAUAUGCCAUCCCCUUGUUAGCAAUGCCCCAUUGCACUUUAAACAUACUGUCCUAAUCUCUAUGCAAUACAAUGGACAUAUAUCUGACAUCAAAACUAUCAGUAUCCAAAGAUUAGUGAACAAACAUUACAAUUUUUCCAGAUCAUUCUAUUACUGACCCAAAAGUGAUAGUCUAAUUAUAAAGACUAGUUUCACUACAAAAUAGCAGAGAAGCAGGAAUUUUAACUUCCUUAUGGAUUAAUGAAAAACUAAGGCUUUUUAUCACACAAUGAGUUAGGAUAUGCAAAACAUUUGAAAAGGACUGUUUUGUAUAACCGAAAAGUUUAAAGCAGUGCAUCCUUCAAAAUGCUCAGGUGCUUUAAAGGCUUUUCCCAGCCAUUUCAAGGGUAUUCAUAGCUACAAGAGUCCCCGGGUUAAGAACGUCCAGGUUACAGAUGACCCGUAGUUAAGAACAGAGCCUACUGUAGCAAAACU